AUGAAUAAUCUUGGAAUCAUCCAUCGCCGGCAGGGUGCGCUGGAGCAAGCUGAGGCUACGUAUCAACAAGCUUUGACAGCGGGACUGAAAGCUUUUGGUCCAGACCACAUGGUCGUUCUUGACACUCUCAACAAUCUCGGGUGUCUCUAUGAAGGCAUGGGUCAACCGAUAAAAGCAAAGCAUAUGUACAAGCGGGCUAUGACAGGACGCGAGAAAACUAUUGGCCCUAAGGAUAUCUCCUCUUUGGAUAUGGCCAACAACUUCGGGGCUUUAUAUCAAGCACUUGGUAAACAUAGGAAGGCUCAAAAUCUUUAUAAGCGGGCUUUUGAAGGCUACGAGAAACUCUUAGGACACCACCAUUCAAAGGCCCAGCAAGCUGAAUUUGGGUUGAUUGGGUCGACUUAUCGCUCUCUUCCGCGCAAGAGUCACUGGACCCUAAAAGCCAUAUGUGGAAAGAGACGGGCCAUGGCAUGGUAG